AAGGGAGAAGCAGCCGACGCUCCUUGAAAGUAGCGCCGAGUUUCGGCGUUCCGUCGAAGGAUACGGAUACAUUGUCGACAGGUCCACGACCUUCGAUUCAAGGUCUUGAGCAUUUUGACAUCGCAUUUGUCUGCCGGGAUCUGGCAGUGGGUGGCUGGGACUCGAGAACGCUGUGAGUGUUGGUUCUGGGAGGUUUUGAUCGGCGAAAAGCAGCGGCCGAAAAUUCCAAGUCUUGCCGAGAACUCAAAAACAUCGUUGGUGUCUCAUUCAACUUCCAAAGACCCUCUCCUCCACGUCUGAAGUCUGCAAUUGGGCGGAGCCAAAUAACUACACGCACACAAUGGUAUUGCAUCCACUGCUCCUACGGAGAGCGGCUGCCACGAGCGCCGCAGUCCUCAUGGCUGGCGGAUUCGCCGCAUAUCCUGGACGCACAUUGUACGCCGAAGCUCCGUCUCAACCAUCACGCCAGCGAAAACCAAUCUACGAUGAGGACGGCGACAGCACUCCAGUCGAGGCCCAAAAACCACUCCCUGUCACUCCGACUCCCUCCUCCACACCUCUUCCCUCAACGACCUCAAACCCCUCCAAUUACGAAUCUCCCACGGAUCAAUUAGCAAGGCAGAUCCGUCAAGUAAGACUCUUCCUCUACGAUCACUCCCUCGCUGCCGAGAAUGCCUUCAAUGAUGCCCUCUCCCGUGCCCUCAACGCCGAAUCAAGGUUUACCAGCACGAUAGCCUCAUUGGCCCCAUCACGCGAGUCUGGUGAACGCCUGCUUCCCGGAAGCAUUUAUGUGAUUGUAACUGCCAUGGCCGGAUCAAUCGUUUCUCGAAACCGCGGCAUCUUCUUACGCACAGCCACUCCCUUGACUGCGGGUACAAUUGCUGCUUGGACUUUACUACCUGUUACCAUGCGAAACAUUUCUGAUUUGGUGUGGGAAUACGAAAAGAAGGUUCCUGCGCUUGCAGAGCAGCAUGUGAAGGCUCGCGAUGCGGCCGAAGAAUCCUGGAGACAGGCAGUGGCUCACAGUGGCUACGCAAGAACCUGGCUGGAAGGGAAGAUUGGAGAGGGAAGACAAACAUUGGAGGAAUGGAUUAGCAAGGGAAGAUAAAUACGCCAGUCUUGAAGCUCUUUACAAAGCGGCCGACGGUUUACAACCAAAGAUCUUUGAGCUCGGCAUAUGUAUAUGUACUGUAGUAGAAUCUAGAGAGUUGGGGUGGCUUCCAACAUUCGCAUUCAUUUUACCCGGUUUCGCCGUUGUCUGGAAUAAAAGGGAGACGAUCUACUAUUGGUAAACCGGACCGUAAUGGUAUCUCACAAAACUCAUGUAGCACAACUCAAAAGACGGCUUCUUUGACUCCCGACGCCGUUUUUCCCAAAUAAAAGUGCCCCAAGAAUUAGCUACUCUGCUGGGGUUGAUGCGCCUUCAAGUCCAGGAGAAGUUACAUUGCCUCGAUCCGUCGCUUUCGGCGGAGGCGCAACCGGUGUUCCAGCCUGCGAUGGCACGAAGUCCUCUUCUUUGCUUUUCUGUUCGCUUUCACGGAAGUAUUCAUCGAAUGAGGUUGGUACAGUAUGCACAUGUCGAGCUUUCCGUCCAUGCCGACCAUGAGUCGUUGCGGCUUGGGAAACCUGCCCACUAUUAACACUCGGUGAGAGAGGAGGCAGCGAUGCCAUCUCUGCCGGAACUAGGAAAUGAUUCCCCGGCUGAAUUUUUGGCGAUUGCUUAACUUGUUCCGUGAUUCCAUCUUUUGUGUCGAAGACAACUUCUCCGGGCCCCUCAACCUCCUCUCCUAGACCAACCGGUAGCCUGUGUAGAGCUCCAUAUCCUAAUACGGCACCGAGAGCACCUUCCCCGCCCCAAUUCCUAUUGGGCACUAUUUCCACCUCUCGUACAACGUCAAAUUCGCUAUUAUAUACCCAUAAAGUGAGACUCCUGUUCAGAUGGUCCUCGACGAGCUCCCCGAGUGCGGCUUCCCCUCUCAAAGUCCCACUUGGCGUUCCAAGGAUGUAAUCUGAAUGAGGUAGUAGGCCAGCCAAGUAGGCAGGACUGAGAGGCGAGGGAAUAGACAGUAUGUGCCAUAUAUGCUGU